GUAUCUGCAAGGUAGCAGUAAUAGCUACUGGAGAGUGGAGAUUCAGAAUUGAUACAAGAUGGCCUCACAGAAUAUCACCUACGGAGUGCCGUCUCGGGCCCUCCCAAUGCCAAAUAAAUACCACAGACUUGUUCACUUGGAUCUGAAAGGAGCUCCACCCAAGAUGGAUUAUCUUUUGAAGGUGUUACCCCUGUUCAAGGAAUGGGGUGCCACUGGGCUUCUGGUGGAGUAUGAGGACACCUUCCCAUACUCGGGAGAGCUAGAGGUACUCCAGAAAGGUGAGGAGGUUUACAGUUUGGCAGAUGUAGCCACUCUCCAACAAACAGCUAGAAAUCUUGGUCUGGAAUACAUUCCUCUUAUUCAGACAUUUGGUCAUUUAGAGUUUGUCUUGAAGCAUUCACAGUUCAGUCAUCUGAGAGAAGACCCAGAGGACAGGAGGAGUUUAUGCCCAUCUAAUCCUGAAUCGAUAGUGUUAGUCCGAUCUAUGAUUGACCAAGUCAUGACGCAACACCCAAACCUGAAAUACUUUCACAUAGGUGCUGAUGAGGUAUGGAUGAAGAAGAGAUGUGCCAGGUGCUGUGAGCGGAUCAGAGACAGCUUCCAUGGAGAGCCUGUUGGUCUGUUUGUAAGUCACGCCAAGGCUGUGCUGCUCUACCUCAAGGAGACAUACCCCCACGUCAGAGCGAUCAUGUGGGACGACAUGCUACGCAAUGCCAAGUAUGACUUCAUCAAAGAUUCUAAUUUGCACGAGCUUGUUGAUAUCAUGGUUUGGAAUUACCUGGAUACGUCUGAGAACUUUCACAGGAAUACACCCGAGACGGUCUGGCAACUCUACGGCAAGGUCUUCGAGAAUGUCUGGAUCGCUUCCGCUUUCAAAGGUGCUUUUGGGCCAUCGCUGUUCCUGACACCGGAGUUGGAACACAUAAGGAACCAGGAGCUGUGGGCCGGAGACCUGUCCCGUACCAUCCCCAAACACCUCGAUUUCAAGGGAAUAGUAUUCACCGGGUGGCAGAGGUACACCCAUGAAACGGUCUUGUGUGAGCUGUUGCCCGUUGGACUGCCUUCACUUGCAUUCUGUCUACAAACUUUCAUGCAAGGCCAUUUUAGCGAGGAGUUACAUCAAAGUAUAUCACAAAGGCUUGGUUUCCCGGGGCUUCUAGGCUUGGAGAUAGAAACCAACCUGCCAUUAUCUGAGAUGCCUGUGGGUGUACCAAUGGGCACAUUUCCCGGUUGUGAGAUGUACAUGUGUGCCAGGCAGCUGGCUACCAUCCAGUCGUCAAGAGAGGGACAAAAGUUUUUCAAGCUCACAAGUGCCUUUGUGGAUAAAGAGGAAGAGGCAUUGUCUUCAGAGAAACCUGGUUCGUCACUUGCCCCUCUCUCUGAAGAUGAAACGGGACCAGUUCUGAGCCUCCUUUCCAAGCUGACAGCCCUGAAAUCGACAGCGGAGCGGGCACUCGGUGAAGUCUACCAGCCUUCCACUUCCAAGGAGUGGCUUGAUCUGUGUGUCGUGCCUCUCUUGAAACGGCUGGAGAGGAGACUAGCAGCAACCAAAGCCCUGGAUCAGUGAUAACUCCUGGACAACAGGGUCUAGGCCUCUCUUGAAACACCUGGAGAGGAGACUGGCAGCAACCAAAGCCCUGGAUCAGUGAUAACUCCUGGACAACAGAGUCUAGGUAUCGAGCAAUAGUAAUACUUCCAAGGGCUGUCCAUGCAAGCAUUAAGGUAUCGUGUGUGUUCGAGGAUUAGGCUUCAGAUGUUGAUAACCGUAAACACAAAGGUAUCAUUGAAGAUGUGUGUGUCCCUUAUCCCUUUGGAGACGAGCAUUAUGUAUUUCAGGGUUUGGCUUAGUAUCUUGAUUCAGAGCCUUAAAAAUGUACCAGAUGCAUGAAAAGAACAAGCAAAUGUCCAUUGUUGUUGCUUGACAACAUAGUGUUCGGUGCCUGGAAUAUUUUCUAUGAAAAUAAGCUCUAAAAUCUUUGAAUUUGCAAAAUGAUUGGAGGUAAAUCACUGCUCUCAAACGAAUUGGCAUUUCGUUUAUGUUUCGAUGUAGCUCAUAACAAUGCCUACUGUUACAGAAGCAUGAUGUUUCAUGAGAACAAUGUAGCAGUUAAAGAAAAAUGCUUGACAAAGCGUUUGAUGCCUAGAAUAUUUUUUCUAGGAAAUAAGCUCUAAAAUCCUUACAUUGGCAACAUGCUGGGAGGUUAAAUCACUUUUUUCAAACAAAUUGGCAUUUCUUUUAUGUUUCAAUAUAGCUCAUAACAAUGCCUAUUGUUUCAGAAGCAUGAUGUUUCAUACGAACGAUGUAGCAGUAAAAGAUAAAUGCAAUUGGUGCCAAUUUGACGAAGAUUUGGUGAUCAAUGUAGCCCUUACAAAAUUUGUGCCCUGAAAAAGAUAUGUGUGUUCCCCGAUUCACCAUCAGAGAUCAAAUAUAAUUUCUAGUUUUAUGAGUUUAUUAUACCCAGUGUUCAUAUGAAUCAUGGAAUGUCUGGAAAUCUUGAAUAUGUUGUAAAUUUCCAGUUGGUUGUGCCUGUGUGUGAAGAAAGUCAUAACAUGCUUUUUAUUUGUUUGUUUGGAUGUAAAUUUGUAUCAGAUUAUUUAAUUUCCAUGUCGUAGGGUGCAAUUUUCUGUUCAAAUUGCAGACAAGUUUGAAAAUGCACUGCAUGUAGUGAUGUCCUCUCUGCUAGCACAGGACAAAUAAGCCUGCAUCUUGGUACCACUUGAUCAUUCCUCUUAAUCAAUGGCAAUAGGAAAUCAAAGACCACUGCUCUAUCUACAGGGAUGUUAGUCCUAUGCUUUUAAGUAUUGAAUCUAGAAAAGUUGAGUGUAUACACAAUUAAAGGUCUAACCCACCAGCCUAACUCUGCCGCCUCGGUUCCUGGUUUCGGGAAUCAGCGCGACUGGGUUGGCCUCCCACCUGGUCCGUACGGUGAGAGGUGUGGGGUUGGCUCACACAGACCACCGAUUUUGAUUUG